AUGGCAACAACCAUGGCAAUCCUUCCCUCAACAGUUCCCAGCCAAACGAAGCGCAAACAGCCACCCGAUGGCACGACUACGAUCUCUUCCACAGACGAUGCUACCAAGAACAAGAAGCAGCGGACGGGGCCAAGCAAUUCCCAAAUCCCUUCCAGACUGCCGCUAGAGCCUCACGAGGCCAUCCUGACCGAGCUGCGCCCACGGUACGACGUCGCUACCUUCUCAGUCAUAUCGUCGACCAGCAUGUCCAAGCGGAUCGACCAGAUCCUCAAUCACCUCGGCCGGUUCCACCCCUCAGACAUGGCCGUCCUGCCUGGUGCCGCGCUGCUGCAUGCCCGCUCCAGGGACGCCGCCAAAAUGGUAUCCUUGACCGAGCUGGUGCGUCGCCGGAUUCACGAGGAGGGCCAGAAGUGGUUCCAGUACAACAGGCUGUACGAGGUCGAUGUCGAAGCUUCCCACGAAAGCACCAUUAUCGAGGAGACGGUGCUCCAUGGAGUGUCUGACGACCUAGAUGAGGAUGGAUUCGAGGUCGCGGCUACAGAGCGGGCGGCAAAUACCCCGAAUGUCUUUGAGAGAGCAGUCAUGGGUCGGCCCAAGACUGAGCAUGCACUAUAUAUGAGUGUUUUCUUGUCAAGAGUGCCAAUCCCGGAGCUGAGGGCAAAACCUUUCAUCACAGAGCAGACGAACUCUGACAUAAUUAAUCAGCAACAAAAGCGAAAUUUUGGCUAG